GUACUGUUGUAACCACUUCUUAAUCAAAAGAAUUCUUUUAAUAUCUUUAAAUAUUUUUUAAUGGGCUUUAAUAGCCUAUGGAAUAGUAGUGGAAUAGUAAUGGAACAACUGACACAUAGGUUUUACCAAAAGCUUUCUGCACUUUAAUUAUGGAAAUUCCUGGACUGGACUCUUUGGUGGUAAUAUAUUAAUAAAGAUAUAAAUCCAACCUUAAGGUUAACAGAGACAGGCUCAGCUGUGUACACAGAAUAUGUCUCAGUCUUUGUCAUUUCAAGUUUGGUGUGAAUAAGAGAUGCCUCCCUUAUGCAUCACAGAAAUACCUUCAAAAUGGUCUUACACCAUGAAGUACCACUGGAUCCAGCAGUUUCACCAACAGAGACUGAGCUGAGAAUAAAGGGGAUCAAGGAGAAACUAGACCAGCUGAUCCCACCCAGACCCUUCACCCACGUGAGCUCCACCACCAGCGCCACACACAGCAAAGCCACCCUCCUCAGCCCUCGAGACACAUACUGCAGGGGGGAUCAGCUAGACGUCCUGCUGGAGGUGAGGAACCACUUGGGACGCAGCAAGGAAUAUGGCGGGGAUUUCCUGAGGGCCAGGAUGUCCUCCCCAGCCCUGAAGGCAGGCGCUUCGGGAAAGGUGACAGACUUCAACAAUAGCACCUACCUUGUCAGCUUCACCCUGUUCUGGGAGGGCCGGGUGUCUCUGUCUGUCCUGCUCAUCCUCCCCAGUGAAGGGGUGUCGGCUCUCUGGAGGGCAAGGAACCGAGGCUAUGACAGGGUGAUCUUCACGGGCCAGUCUGCCAGUGGCACCUCGCAAGUCAAUACUGAUUGUGCCCUCAUUUUAAAUUCAAGUGCUGAACUGUGUGAGAACUUGGAUACUCGUGUCCAAGAAGCCUUUUACUAAAGUCUACAAAUAAUAAGUGUUGGAGAGGGUGUGGAGAAAAG